GAGGAGAGAUCGAGCAAGGUCUACGCGGAGGAAAAUCUUAACUUUGGCUGGUUAGGUGGUGUCAAGAUCCAGACCAAGAACAAACCACCAACUCGGGAAUCCAGGGACCCAUCUUCAUCAUUAUUAUGCCGGGCCGGGAAUAAGAACAAGCCAGAACCGAUCCGUUGUGUUGUUGUUCUGUUGUAUAAAACUAAAAUGUUGAAAAGCGUUUUAAUUCAUUGCGGUUUUGUAUAGCGUAGCGAAAAGAUGUUCGCGUGGCAUUGAAAUUAAGCGAUUCGAAAAAUCGCCAAGUACCUACCUGAUUGAUCAAUGAAAACAAGGACCAUCAAAAAACUCUUCACUUACCCUAACUGUAUGAACGAAGCAAAAAAAACUACUGCAAUAGACAUUAAAUCGCCGGUUGAUACUGUUGAAAUCUAGCCAAAAUCGUCUAUCUCCUCGAGUGAACCGAAACAAAAAAAACCAUUCAGCAAAGUUUUCGAUAACAACAAUCGAAUGCACAUGUGAGCAGAUCUUUUGAUUUUUUUCCACCGGCAGCAGUUUGAGAGAAGAGCUUUCUAGUGAGAUCGAGAAUUUGUUUCCAAAAGAGUAGCAGAAAUGUGGCUUCUGAAAUGCCUUGCAAUCAAGUUCUUCCUCAUGGUUCUGGCUCAUCAAAGCUCAGCUCAGUUCAAAAUACUCGGAGUCUCAUCGACGCGCUCGAGGGGUGGAGGAGAAAAUGGAAUAACGCUAGUACAAAUCAAACCACUUCAGCAGCGGCACACCGAUGCCGUUGAGUCCAGGUCGUUUGGUGAUUCUUUACAAGACCCAUCGGUAGCCAUGAUCGAUGCUAAUUUGGACAACAACAUCACCAACACUCCGAUUAAAUCGACAACUCCAGUAACGUCUGCCGCAACUCUAAUGACUUCUUCGAGUAAAAGCCCAGUUCCAAUACCAACCAGUAGAAUCAUUAAACUUCAAAUCAUGAACUCGACUGAGGCAGUCAACAUCUCAGCACGGGAGGGCAAACUGCAGUACGAUAAUCAACGAACCGAUAACGACAUCAUAAACAUAUCUCCUCUACGACCGAGCGCAACUAUUGGUAGUCCAACAUCCUCCCAUCGACGGAGAGCGACCGGAUCAAUCAAAUUGACCAACAACAACAUCGGUGGCACUAACAGUGGGGGCGUCGAGGUCCGAGAAUCUGAGCUUUUCUACAUCAACAAACAUUCGCAGUCGAAACCGUCGUCAUCCUCGACAUUCAAAAAGCAACACCCCCAAACGCUACCGAAAGAGAACGACAUCCGCGACCAUUCGGCGUCGAUAGUUCAGCGAUACAAACGCCGGAAGUACAAGUCGAAAUGUCGCUGCGAACGAAUUUGGAAUUGUCCCCGGAUACAGAUCUCAAUUGCACGGUGUGCGCCAGAUUAUUUUAUGUGCUGCUUCUAGCU